GCUGGUAUUCACACAGUUCCUUUCUGGUUUCUGUAACCUUUCAGCAAAAGAUCAUGGACACAAAUAAACAGUUGAUGGUGAUCUUCAUUUUGAAUCUUCCUCUACUUUUCCAGGUUUGCAGGGGUGAGUUGGCGACAUCUGCAUAUUUUGAUAUUGAAAAUGACACCUCCACCAUCGAUUACGAUAAUUAUCCGCAGCCUUGCAUGAAAGCUGAUGUCCGGAAGUUUCGUGCCGCUUUCCUCCCUGCCAUGUAUACUUUGGUAUGUGUUGUUGGGCUGGCGGGCAACAUCCUAGUUAUGGUGACCUAUAUAUACUUCAAGAGGCUGAAGACCAUGACAGAUACUUACCUGCUCAAUCUUGCCUUAGCGGACAUCCUCUUCCUGAUGACUCUCCCUUUCUGGGCCACCAGUGCAGCCAAGCACUGGGUUUUUAAAGAGUUUGCCUGCAAGGCCAUCCAUUGUGUCAGUCGUAUGAGUUUCUUCAGUGGCAUGUUGCUGCUUCUCUCCAUCAGCAUCGACAGGUAUUUUGCCAUUGUCCAGGCCCCCUCAGCCCACCGCCUUCGCUCCGAGAGGGUGUUGGCCAGCAAGAUCACUUGCCUCUCCAUUUGGAUCCUGGCUUUCAUCCUCUCUAUCCCUGAGCUGGUUUACAGGCAUGUGUAUGAGCCUGAUCAGCAGCUACCACGCUGCACCAUCAGAACAGUCAACUUGCUGGCCUUCGACACUGGUAUCCGAGUGUCUCAGAUGGUCAUUGGCUUUUUGGUGCCUCUCUUGGUGAUGACCUUCUGCUAUUGCAUCAUCAUCAGAACCUUGCUGCAAGCUCGCAGCUUUGAGAAGAACCGAGCCAUCAAGGUCCUCGUUGCUGUCAUGAUAGUCUUUGUUGUCUUCCAGCUACCCUACAACAGCGUCAUACUGGUUGAGACCAUCUCAGCCUUCAAUACCACGAAUAGCGAAUGUGAAGCCAUCAAGAGGCUGGACAUGGCCAAUGACCUGACCUAUAGUCUGGCCUGCUUCCGCUGCUGUCUUAACCCAUUCCUGUAUGCUUUCAUUGGCAUCAAAUUCCGCAAUGACCUGCUUCGCCUCCUUAAGGACCUGGGCUGUAUCAGCCAAGCACAGCUCUGGCGGUGGUCCACAUGCCGGGAGUCCAAAAGAUUUUCCAUUGCUACAGAAACUGACACUACUACCACUUUCUCCCCUUGAGGUGCUCCAGGAAGCAUGGCAUCCCUUUUGGACAGUAGACAUCAUAAUGACAGUAUUCAAUGGCCAUCAGCAUGGAUUAAACAAGGAAUCUCUGCAUCUGAGUGGGUAUAUUUUCAUAGCAGUCAAAAUAGAUCCAAAGACCAUUCUGUCCUAUCACCCCUCCAUGUAUAGCCUUAUGCAUUUUAGACUGCCAUGUGCCAGAAAGCAGAGAGAAGAUAGACUGUAGGAAAAGUACUUGCAGUUAUCACACAAAUGAGGAAAAAGAGGAAAAAGCUCCAGCUGUAUGCUGGAGGAAAAAGAAAAAGCUUUUCCCACAAGUAGCAAAGAUGGAAAGAUGUUGACAGAGUCCCAUUCCCAAUAUGGGCUUCCUUCAGCCCCAGAAUACAACUUGGCUAAAGAACCAUGCCUAUAUAGGACAGUGACAAUGAUUCAAACUAUUCCACAAGCUAAGACACAAACAUGGAGCCAUAGAUCCAAAAAUGUCACUGUUUCACUUUGCCCUACUUGUUUUGGGUUUUUGUCCUCCACAUGUUAUUGUAACACAAUUGUGAAUCACAAAAUUACAACAUACAAACAAAAAAAGCCAUCCGGCUCAACCACCUGCAACCCAAAGCAGGACUAUUUAUGCACCUGAACUCCCCCCUUCCAUUGGGGAAGGGACGUGGCUCAGUGGCAGAACAUCUGCUUGGCACGGAGAAGGUUCUAGGUUCAGUCCCCGAGCGGUUAAAAUGACUAGGCAGUAGGUGACGUGAAAGACCUCCACCUGAGACCUUGGAGAGCUGCUACCACUCUGAGUUGACAAUAUUGACAUUCAGGGACAGAUGAUCUGAUUCAUUAUAAAACAGCUUCAUGUUUUCAUGUGUGUUCAGUCUCAUGCACAUCUACCUAUGUAAUUCAGCUGCUAGUGAUGACUCAAGCAAAAAACAUUAUGGAUCCUUGCUUUGCAUUAAAAAAUCUAUUUAACCAACAGAAGGAAGUAUCAACUUGAUGCUAUAUACCAUGCUUGAUCUUAGUAAGUUGGGAGCAAGAAGUAGUUCUACAUAGACAACCAUGGUUGCAGGGCGAUUAUGAUCUGCACCUGCCAUGCUAUUUGUAGAAAAGCCUGUCUGUCCCAGGAUGGAAGGAAGGCAACGUGCACCUGCUAGUACUCCUGCAAUGUUGAAUAUAGCAUUGCCUUAAGGGCAGCUCUCCAUUGUGACCCCUUUCCUUGCUUUCAAAAACAUGUGGGGCGUGGACUGGAAAAUAUGUGUGACAGAGGAUGGGAGCAUGGAGGGUGGAGCGGAGGGGGGAGACCCCUCUGUUCUUGAAUUGAAAAGGUUACUGGGAAAGAUACGCAUGUAAUGCCUGAUGUGUUUUGUAAUAUGCAAUGUUAGAUAUGUUCUCAU